UUUUUACAGAAUAUGGAAUAAAGAAACGAUCGGUCAGCUACCUCGGGAACGCGCAUGCGCAAUCGAUCCGCCGGGAAUUCCGAAUCUCUUGGGCAAGAAAUCGCAGACUAUAGCUUCGAAAAGAGGUCGAUUCUUGGUAUAUACGCAGCUCGGAUAUAUCUACUAAGAAUUAACUGAUCGCCGACUGUUCGUAUAAACAUUGAGAACGUUCACUGCGUAAGACCGAUUAGGAUUUUUUUAAAAUGUCACGUGUUAUGCAAGCAUGGAAAAAGAAGACAAAUUCUCGAUUUGACUGCUGGACGAUCGAGAAAAUAGUAUUUUUUUACGGAUCUUUUAAAAGAACGAUUUCCAAAAAUUUGCCGGGCAUUGGCAUCGAGAAAUUCUAUGAUGGAAUCGUUGAAUGUGAUUCGGAAGUAGUGCGUGCCAUUUUUGAGCAUACUGAGAUUGUUAGGAGCCAUAUGACGCCAGAGAUCCAACUAUUUCUUUUAACUCCCAACUGUAAAUUAUACCACACGCGAUACGAAAGAAUUUCGGAGUCGAAAGAGAUAAAGAGAAGCGUUUUCUUGGAACCUUUUUGGUCGAUUUAUUGGCCAGGUGGACAGGCUCUCACUAGAUUUGUACUGGACGAAGGAAGAACACUUUUUAAAUCCUCGAAGGAAAUUUUGGAUCUUGGUGCUGGAUGUGGUGCCACCGCUAUUGCUGCAAAGCUCGUUGGCGCUGACAGAGUUGUUGCUAACGAUAUCGAUAGAGUUGCCUGCACAGCUAUUUCCAUGAACGCUAUCCUGAACCGCGUGAAUGUCAAAGUGUCUCAUCAAAACCUGUUACAUGAAUUGCCCGAAAAGACAAUUGACGUUAUUUUCAUUGGAGAUAUGCUGUACGACACAGAAAUUGCUGCUACUUUAAUUCCGUGGCUCGAAAAAGCGCGCGGUAAUGGGACGAGGAUUUAUCUGGCAGAUCCAGGAAGACACGGUCUGACGGAGGAUUUGAAGAAACGUCUGAAAGUUCUGAGACGUUACCGGUUGCCAGAGAAUGUACAGAAAGAGAAUUACGGUUACGACAGUUGCAACGUUUGGGAGUUCUGCGGAUAACGAGUAAACGAUUAUAUAAUACGUCGAAACUCGGUGUACCUAUCUUUGAUUCGCUAUUACUGUUGCAGUCACGUUUCUAUAUAUAUAAUCAUAUUGCUACAGUUACACGUGAAACGUACAUAUAUUCAUUUGUCAUGCGGUGACAAUAACGCCAUGGGUCUGAUUUAUGCAAAAUGCUAAGAAGAUUAUGAAACGACGCGAUAAACGUGAUCAUAGCGAACAUUGCUUGCUGCGUGACUUGCACAUAUGCUUCAUCUUAUGUAUACAGUAAUAUUUACGUUCGUCUUACGUACAGAGUAAUGUUCAAUUAUCGCUAUUUGUAAUAUGAUUAUUUAUCUGAUACAGUAUAAUACAAUGUUUCGUUUACUCUGCCUGCUUAUUAAAGCAGUGAUAGAAGGAAAGUCGAUCCUUAUUUCCGGGAAAGGGAGAAGCGGAGGCGAAAGAGAAGAAACAGGGUUACGGCGUUAAUUAUCGAGAAAGCCAAUCGGAUGAAACUUACGAAGAAGGGAAAGAUUUUUCUGGCGCACGAGUGGAUGUCUCUGAUUCGAGUAAACUCGAUAAAUUCGAUAGUAACUCUAUACUACUUUUCCAGAUAUUCUUCACUCACCUGUUUGCCGACGUAGGCCUCUACACUGCCGUGUUGCGUAAUCAGUCCAGACUUCAAGGAUGUCACGUUCGACAAUUUGAUUCUGCACUCGUAUCUCGAUCGAUCUGCAAGCGUUUCCACGGAUUAUUUCAUUUCCCAAGGGCGAUCGGUCUCAGGAAAAUGCAUACAGGUGGCGAAGAAUGAAACGAACUUACUGUUGUAGAUUUUGGUGCCAUUUCUACAAACGCAUGGUUGCUGCUCCUCUUUGUCGUAAGGGCAUUGUAUUAUGCAAUUCUCGAGCCCGCAUUCUGCGAACAAGCAUUGGCCUCGUGUGUACUUGUGCUCACAUGUGACUCACGCGGCGCGAUCUCAUGAGUCAUAGGAAUGUUAUCCGCGGGUGUGUACAGCGAAUACGGUAGACCUCUUAAGCCUUAUAUCAAUUAAUUAUCUGGACUCAUCAACCUACAUCAUGCAUAUAUCAAAUGCAUAUUAAAUGCAAAUGAAGCCUUUUUUUAUCAAAUUCUAUGCAUUUCAUUUCCAUAGCAACACAUUUUUGUAAUCAUACAAAAGUAUUGUUACUACUUGAAUUUAAUUAAUUAGUACGUAAACGAUAUAAUAAAUACAAUGGUUUGCAAACAAUUUUCGUAGUCGUCUUACAUGCUACAGGUAAUAUUAGGGCAAACCCUACCACCAUCCACGGUAUCCAAAAGGUGAAUCUCACAGUUACGGCCGACAUAGCCAUUGGCGCAUUCGCAGGUCAUUGCUUCUGCUCCGAUUUGCCUGGAACAGUUCGUAACGACUUCGUCAUUUGUCCCUUGACACUUAUUCACAGAAGAGGAAGAAGUUUCCUUUAUAACAAAUCGGGAAAGUUCGCUUUUUCAAUUUAGAGGGGUCAACGACGCCGAGUAGCUUAUUGAUUUAUCUACGCGAUUGAUCUUCUACUUGGUUUGAUACUUCAAGAGAAAAACGCAAUUUCACGUCACCAGUGAGAUGGCUAUGCCUCGUUAAGAUUGCUUUGACCAAUGUCGCGUAAACAUUUUCGCUAUUAGCUGAAAUUUCUUUAAUCCACGCUUCCUUUAAAUUUCAUAUUUUAGAUUGUACUGUCCGAUUUCUUUACAGAGAUAAAUUUGCAUAAAUAAUCUUCGUACUUGCAAGUGCCUUCAUUUUGGCAAGUAGGAUUGUUCCUGUCGUCGAAGCAGAGGGGUCCUUGGUUACAAUUCUUCCCGCUGAAACCCUCGAAACAAUCGCACCAGAAGCUCCUGCGAGCAAAUAACGGUGGACUGUGUUAUUUGUGCACACGUAACAGAUCGAGGACACAGACAUCCAGGAAUAGAGGAUUGCGAAGCUCUAAACAUGUGUUUCACGAAGAGAUAAUUCGCCCAAUGCAAAAGCAUUCGUUCGAACUUAUAUGAGGACAAACAGGACGAUCCUAGUAGAUAAUAAAACAACUCAAUUGGGUUCCAGAGGGGGACCUGUUUGCGGCCGGAUAAUACGCGUUUUAAUAGCUGUCAAGAAGGCCAUUGGGAUAGAUACAAUGGAUCUACUCGCUCUUCGAAAGUAAACUGCCCAGUGUUUGUAUCUGAAGAUGUUCAUUCGACAUAAGUAUACUAUUUGCUCUUAUAUAAUAUCUUAUAAGAGACAUAAAUAGCAAAUACUAAGGAAUUAAAAAUACAUUGUAUAAGAAAUAGUGGACAGUAUUACCGUAAAAAUUCAUAAAAAAUAUUAAGAAAUUUAUCGUAAUAAAAUAUCAUUAAAAGAAAGUACGACAAUACUGCACAUUAUUUACAGAUUAUACAGUGAAACGAAUUAUGCGUCAUGCGACAUACAACAAAGUAGUAAUGUUUAGAUUUUCCCAAUACAUCAAGGAGGUAAGACCAAAAACGAAAAAGAGAAGUUGAGAAACUCACGUAUAGUCUCCAGACACGAGGCAAUUGCCGGAGUAGGAGCAAUGCUGGACGGAGCAGCAAUCCGAAUUUGGCACGUCUUCGGUCAUCUGGUACGUGACAUUGAACCCGUACACGUCCAGCAAAUUGUUUAAAACUCGUACAUGAUUGCCCUCGAGUCGAUCGAGCUCGAACUCGAUGACGAGAAACGGUCUGAACGUUCUAAACAAUUUGUAUUCGAACACGUUGCCCUCGGUGAUCUCUUUUAUCAGACUGGCGCCAAAAUUCAUACUCUCGGAUUCGUAGUACGCGUACUCGGUGAAACUGAGUCCCUUAUACACGUACACCUGCGUCAAAUAGACGACGAUGGAGCUGUUAGUCGCUGGAAUAUCGGAAACAUCGAUCACCCAGCGACACUUAAUGGGCACCGGAAAAGACCGGGGAAAAUUUGGGGUCUGGAUCACUCCUCUCGGUGCCGUCAACCGGUUACCGCACGACACCUCGGUCGUCGUCGAACCUCCGUCGAUUAAGGUCAAGUGAAAUAGAAAGGAGAAGCUGAUCACCAUGGACUUCAUCUUCGGCGAAUACAUCUAAGGAGAAAGUAUUUUGAAUUGAAUUAAUCAAUGAAUUUCUGUUUAUGACGAAUCUGACAAAAUUCCGACAGCGUUCUUUCAUCGAAGGUUUAUUGUAUUUUUAAUACUGGCAUUAAAACGAAUAACUUUCAUCUCUAUUCCAUAUCCUGUCUAUAAAGAAGCAUUCAAGAAAACAAUAAAGCUUGGUAUGUUUGAGAGGUUCCAAAACUGAGAAAAAUUGAUGUUCGUGGAGCUGUGAAGCUUGUUAUUAAUUGCUCGUUGAAUGCAUAUAAUAGGAGCAAUAAGUAUCUUUGAUGUAUGGAAACAAUGGAAACAAGAGAGCCGUUUAUCAAAUGAACAACAUCCCUCUACUUACAUUGAGGAUACAAAGAAACCAGUUCUCCUCACCAAUAUUCAAAAUGCACUCGUUCCUUAUUCGAUCGUACCAUUACACAAUCACAUUUCGUUUUCAUACAACACUCAAAAAUUGUCCUCACUCUCGGCUCGUAUCGUUCGCUGCUAGUAUCCAUAAAUUUAAAAGGACACACAGACAUGAUAUCAUAUGUAUCAAUAAUUCACCGCACAAAACAAUCUACAAAGGCAAAAAGAUUUGUACGAAUUGAAAUUAUCCUAGUUGAACGAUACGAAGAGUAAUAUAGGAGGGGUAAGUGGUCGAAGAACACCGAAACAUUCUGAUCGAUCUUAUCUGUUUCCUCCAGGGCGAUUACCAAUAGGAUCAGGAGUCUGCGGACGGUCGAGAAUGUUAUCACGAACGUACGAACCCGCGAUCUGCCGGGCAGCUGGGCGUUAGCCCCUUCCGCACAAGUGAUCUCUCCACGCGCACCCUCAGUGCAUCCCUCGUUCAACCAUUCGUGCUCUUAUUGUCGACUGCUUCAUAGGGUUGCUGACAACCCCUGACGUACAUAGGAAAGUUUUUAUUCAUAUUUGUUGUUGGAUUGCAUGACUGUAGAUUGUAAAAGGAACAACAGGAACAUAGCCGAAGGAACUGUUCAUGUUCGGGAAUCGGAUUGUUCUUUCAGAAGGUUCAAGAAUUCUGUGCAUGUAUGUGUGUGCAUUAAGAUUUCUGGGGAAAAAAAAGUAGUAGGAUUAUAUUCAUGUAAAUAUCGAUGGAUAUGUGCAUGUGAAAUAUUUUAAAAAAUAUUGGUGAUUAUUUACAAUGAUAUUCAUUUUUAUUUUAUUGCGUGAUUAUUUAUGUAAUGAGAUGACUAUCAAUUCACAAUGAGGUAAAUAAGAGAUAAGAUAAGAAUAGAUAAUUGUAAUGCUGAUUUAAAUAAAAGACAGUAUAGAUUUCUG